UUCCCUAAAGAAGUCGCCAUUCUUUGAGCUCGGCGCGAAAACGGUGAUGUACUCGCUAGAUCCUGUCUAUGUUGAGAAUUUCUGCCAUGAGUGUAAGGGAAGCGUUCAGGUUUUAUUUCGAUGUGCAGUACUUAUAUUUAUGAACAUUCCUAUAUAUUUCCUGACGAUUUUGGCGGAAAAUUUAACGCAUUACAUCUUGGAUAUCAGGUGAUACACGUGUACAAUUCCUAAGAAUUAAUUCACAAGGAUUUCCAUAUUAAGAAGUGACCAUGGACUUUACAGCUGAUUGGUCAAUAAUGCAAACGUUAGGUGAAGGAGCAUAUGGAGAAGUGAAACUUUUGAUCAACAAGAAUGAUGGGAUGGCUGUGGCCAUGAAGGUGAUCAAUCUGGAAGAACACCCAGAGGCCAGUGUAAACGUCCAGAAGGAGAUAGCCAUACACAGAAUGCUCAAUGAUCCCCACAUAAUCAAGUACUUCGGCCAAAGAACUGAGGGCUCAGUUGGCUAUAUCUUCCUGGAAUACGCUCCUGGAGGAGAACUCUUUGAUAAGAUCGAACCAGAUGUUGGUAUGGAGUCUUGGCAAGCUCAGAGGUACUUGAAACAGUUAUUAUCAGGGGUGGAGUAUUUGCACAGCAAAGGCAUCGCACACAGAGACCUGAAGCCAGAAAAUCUCCUGUUAGAUGAACAUGAUAAGCUGAAAAUCACAGACUUUGGAAUGGCGACAGUGUUCAGAAGUCGGGGCAAGGAGCGACUGCUGGACAAGAAGUGUGGCACCACACCAUACAUGGCUCCGGAGAUUUUCCUGCGGCCCUACAGAGCCGAACCAGUAGACAUCUGGUCUCUGGGUAUCGUGUUGGUCGCCAUGUUAGCAGGGGAACUGCCAUGGGAGAAGCCAAUGGCCUUGUGCGUGGAGUACACCAAGUGGAAGAGCAACGACUACAUGAGUGAGUCGCCCUGGAAGAAGAUGGACAACCUGGCAAUCUCCUUGCUGCGACGGAUACUGAAUCCCAUACCCUCAGCACGACUGUCCAUAGCUAAAAUCAAACAGCACCGCUGGUACACAAAACAUCACACACAGAUUAGAGGGCCUGAGUUGGACCGAUCAGUGUCGCCAGCAUACAAGCGACUGAGGUCGAACGACCUCUCUCCACCGUCACGAGACGACCCUCGCCAGUGUCAGUCACAGCCAGAGUUGCUGCUGUCGGGACCACACAUCAUCAGCCCCACCGGCACCAAGGAGCCGGCACACGUCAGCUUCUCUCAGCCUGCGCAGAUAGACGACUUGUUGGUGUCCACGCAGUAUCUGGCGACGCAGAGUAAUGCCAGCCAGGACACUGUGCAGAAGCUUGUACGUCGUAUGACGAGGUUUUUCGUGAGCCUGGACCCUGACAAGGCUCUGGACCGGCUUGUGCAGGCUCUGGACAACAUGGCUCUCAGCUGGCGUUCCUACACUCCGGGCAUUGUCACCAUAACCACGAUCGACAAACACAAGAACCAGCUGACGUUCAAGGCCAGUGUGUUGGACAUGGACAAGCAGACUCUGCUGGACUUCAGGCUCAGCAAGGGCUGCGGGCUGGAGUUCAAGCGGCAGUUCAUGAUGCUGCGGAAGUACCUCAGUGACAUUGUCGUGAAAGGGCCAGUGUCUUGGUCCAUCGCCAUCGCUACAAACAACGUUCCUUGAACCAUUGUGACGUGAGACACACGGAUCUACUAGAUUUAAUGCCAAAGAGCUCCUGAUUAUGGGUUUCACCAUCAGUGGCUUUUGCUGACUGCUUUAUUUGUCUGCAAAGUGAGUAAACACUCAUGGAUACCCCAGAGUUUUUUUUAUAAUUCAGCCAUUCCAUUGUUACAGAUGGGACAUCCUGAUGGAUAAAUUUAAUUAAAUAUUAAGAAAUCCUAUACAUAGUUAUAAAUAGAACUGUGCUGUAAGCGUCAGUUAGGUCUGCCAAAUUCUGAUUGCAAUCUGUGUGCCUCGUAAAAUUAUUAAAACCAGCUGUGAAUAAUUAAAGGUCUGUUAUGGACGGGAGGGAAAAAGAAUCUCAACUUCAUGUAAAAUUUUUUUGUGAAAUUAUUGAUGCUCGAUUUCAAAGAAUAUGUGUUUGAUAACUUUUGCUUAAUUGAUAACGUAAUAGUGUCAAUUUGAACUGUAACAUCUUUAUAAUAAGGGGAAUAAUUUUGUAAAAUACAGUACGGGGUACAGAGGAUAAUAUAAAUAAAACAAAAAUUCUAUGAGAAAAAAACUGUCCUACCUUAAUUUCAAUUUUGAACACAGGACGAGCGUUUAUUAGAGUUUUAAUUGGUUGUCUCUGUCUUCUGUUUCUGCCUAUUGUUUUCUUUUUCUUUCGGUUUCCUUUAAGCACUUAAGUUGUAUCUCAAUCUGACCUGAUUUUGUUCAUCUACCUGCCAUUAAUUCUUCUUUCUUGUCAGCCCUUUGUUGUUACUUUCUUUUGCAUCUGAAUUCAAGUGAUUAUUCCAAGUUUCCUGAUCAAGUUUCAAUCUAUCCGUUGCAUUUCUGAACAUGGAAACUGACUUUCUUUUUCAAAUUUAAUAUAAAUACAAAGAAAAGGUGAGAAAGAUUUAACAUUUUGAGGUUAAAUUAAGAGUACAUUAUUAACACAAAAUUCAUUGUUUAAUUAAAUGUUUCAUUUAACAUUACUGAAAUAAACAAACUUUCUUACUUUUCCUGUUUCUGGGGAGCUUUUACAACAACGUUAACUUCCAAGUUUCUGAUCAUCAACUUGAUCAAAACUAGUGUCACUGUAAAGUACAGUUAACAAGGGUUUCCCUGCAAAUGUUAGCAAACAGCUGAUCAAGGUGUUCUUAUAUUUUUUUCAAAAUCACCAACUUCAAAUCUGAAAGGACUAACAGGAACAUGUUAAUUUUAUUAACAGUGCAAAAAUAUGUAAAAACAACAACAAUUAUUAAAAUUUCUUACUAAUAACGCUAAUAAAACUGAAAGUAUAAAAAAUUAUUUAAAUUUUACAUCUAAGAUGGAAAUGGCUGAAUUAUAUUACCAGCAUGUUGCAGUACUUGAUAUGGCUGAAAUUCGAACAUUUGACAAAACCUUGAAUAAAAUAAAUCUCAGAAUCUCUCAGAUAAAAAAAGUAAAUAGUAAAUUUAGUAUAUAAAUUGGAAUGAUGUAAUUAAAUUCUGUUUAUUAAUAACCAAUUUCCUUGUCACAUUCCCUUGCCCCGCAAUAGAUGUUAACUGAACCAAAUUAAUUUGCCCAUAAAGUAAAAAAAAUCUAUGGUUUUUUACGUUCUUACUAGAUUUGUAAAAUUUGAUAUUCUAAAGCCUGUUUAGUUGUUCUGUUGUCCAGAUGAGGUUGAAAAGUGCUGUAAACUCUCUGCCAAAUAAGGAACUAAAUUAAUAUUUCACUAUUAAUGAGAGAGCCACUGUAACUGCUACAAUGUUUGCUAUCAAUGAAUUUUGGUGAAGCCAAACAUCGAAGUACGAAAAUAUCUGUCAAUUUUGUAGACAUAUUUGAAACUAUUGUAUUUUCAUAUGCAAAUAAAAAUACAUUUAAUUGAGUAUAACUGUAGUGUAAACUACCUACUACUUGGUACAUUUACACGAAAAGAAUAAAUACUCAAUCAACAAAAAAAUUAAAAUUAAAGCUAAUAAACAUUAAAAUUGCUUUUAAAUAAGGCAGUCAUUUAUUUUUAAUAUGCUUCUUUUUUUAUAGUCAACAGUUUUAAUACUGUAGUUAGACAAAAUAUUUGCCAGUAUUGUUGUGGGUGUAAAUAAGGUAUAUUUCUUAGAACUUGCUUGUAUUGUUGUUUUUUAUAUUUUAGAUAUAAGUAUAUAAAUACAUAUUUCUUUGUUGUACUUUUUUAUCAAGAUUGUACAUAUUGUAUCUAUUUUGCAUUAAAUGUAACUUUUUUACAAGUUGAA